ACGCGCGUUUCAAAUAGAACUUUGUUCACUGUCAGAGCUGCCAAACGACACCGCAUGACAGCAAGGACACUUCAACCGCAGCUAAAGCAUUUUCCUCCAUCCAUUUAUUUAAACUAAUCAACACUUAAAUUUGACUCGGACAACAAUUUGAAGACUUUCACUUUAGCACAAUGUGGGGAACCCACAGGAGCCGGUACAGGAGCGGCUCUGGAGACAGCGAAGAGCCGGAAAUUGUGGUGAACAUCGGCGGAGUGAAACAGGUAUUUUGUCGGGACGUUCUCAACCGCUUCCCGGACACUCGCCUGGCCGAACUGGUGAAUUCAGUGCCCCCCCUUCCCACGGAGGACAUCUCUUCUCUGUGUGAUGACUACGACCCUGAAAAGGGAGAAUUUUAUUUCGACAGGGAUCCAGACGCAUUCAAGUGCGUCUCAGAGCUUUAUUACUACGGAGAGAUCCACAUGAAGCGAGGCAUCUGCCCAAUCUGCUUCAUGAAGGAGAUGGACUUCUGGAAAAUUGAUUCGGAUUUUUUGGAUGAAUGCUGCAAGAGUAACUUGAGGGAAGUGGAGGACGAGCUGGAGGAGAUUGCUGAGAAGGUGAGGACCAUUCUGGUGGAUCGGGAAGGAGAUCCGAGAGCAAUGGGCUGGCAGCGCAUCCAGACGUGCUUGUGGAGGCUCAUGGAGAAGCCUGAGUCUUCUGUGCCCGCUCACAUCAUUGCCAUCCUCUCCUUCGUGUUCAUCCUUGUGUCAUCUGUGGUUAUGUGUGUCAGCACCAUACCGGACCUGCAGGUGGAGGACGAAGAGGGGAACCUCAUGGACAACCCAACUUUAGAGUGCAUUGAGACGGUGUGCAUCGGCUGGUUCACUAUCGAGUACAUCUUGCGCCUCGUGUCGUCCCCCAACAAAGUCAAGUUUGUGCUGGCCUUCAUGAAUGUGGUAGACUUUAUGGCCAUUAUGCCUUUCUUCGUGGUCCUUCUUCUUACUUCGCUGGGUGCGGGGGUGAUGGAGCUGGCCAACGUGCAGCAGGCAGUGCAGGCCCUACGUAUCAUGCGCAUCGCUCGUAUCUUCAAGUUGGCGCGCCAUUCGUCGGGACUCCAGACCCUCACUAAUGCCCUGAAGAGCAGCUUGAAAGAGCUCGGGUUGCUCCUCAUGUACAUGGGUGUGGGUGUGUUCCUGUUCUCCGCGCUGGGCUACACUAUGGAGCAAAACCACCCGGAGACCCUGUUCACCAGCAUCCCACAGUCUUUCUGGUGGGCUGUGAUCACCAUGACCACCGUGGGUUAUGGCGACGUGUACCCCAAGACCACUUUGGGCCGGUGCAAUGCCGCCAUCAGCUUUCUUUGCGGCGUGAUUGCCAUAGCCUUGCCCAUCCAUCCCAUCAUCAACAAUUUUGUCCUGUUCUAUAAUAAGCAGCAGGUUCUGGAAACGGCCGCCAAACACGAGAUCGAACUGAUGGCCUUGCGUUCCGACCAGGAUGGCACUACACACAAACACGUCUGUGGAGAUAGAAACACCCUAAUGGCACUCCUGAAAAGUCCCCGCAGGGGAGGAGGGUCCACCCGAGACCCCAACACUAGUGACAGUUUGGAGAGCACCACUAAAACUAAGCAUUGAACACUUCAUGGGAUAGUUUAUUAUUAGGGAUACAAUUGCAGAAAUGUUGGGUCUUACAAAGAAGAGCAUUCACCCACUUGCUCCGCUAUCUUUGGGAUGACCAAAAAAUUAUCAGGAAAUAAUUAAGAGGCCACAGCAAAAUGAUCAGUUCACUGGAUUAUGCGUUUUAUUUGUACAGAGGAACAGUGGGUAGCAAAUUGAAUCCUCACUGUAAAUUUUCCAGUGUUGUCAAAGAAGUAAUGGUCCAAAAACGUCAGAACCGCAACAGGCACCAUUCCAAACAUAUUCUGUAAUUUUCGGACGAUAAACCGCUACUUUUUCCCCUCAUUUUGAAUCCUGCGGCUUAUAGUCCAGUGCAGCUUAUUUGUUAUUUGGGUUAAUAGGUAACACUUGAAUUGACUGCGGCAUCAUAAGACUUUCAUAAGACCGUCAUAAUUAUGACAUGAUACUGUCAGUGGCAUUAAUAAAUGCUCAUGACAUGUCAUUAAGUGUCAUCCAACAAAUUAUAUCACCAACUCCAUUUAUGUCCAGUCCGGAUCUUUUACAUCCAUUCAAAGGUGAGAUAAUUUGCCGGAUGACACGUAAUGACAUCUGUCAUAAGCAUUCAUUUGUCAGAGUAAGGCAUGGAGGACCCAAACGCAGGGAAACCAAGAGCGGCAAAAACGCAAAGGCAGCAUGGCAGGGUGGUGAUAAACUCAUAAAAGCUUUGAUUAGGGGUGUGACAAAAUAUCGAAAUGGUGAUGUAUUGUGAUACUUUGUAUCCCAAAAGGUUAUCGAUAUGUUCCUGUCAGGAAUCGAGAUAUCGUUUUAAAAAGGUGUCAAUUAAAAAAAAAAAAAAAAAAAAAGGCAGCCAUUGACGGUGCUCGACGACCAAUCCAUUUAGAAUGGUAACGUUCGUUCAUUCAAAACCAUAGCAUUCACAGUCAUUCGGUCCGAUUUUCAGGGCAUUUACAGGUCACUUUCUGUUCAUUUUAGGGCAUUUACAGAUCAUUUCCUGUUGAGUUUGAGUCACUGCUUCUUCAUCUGGGUGAUUCUUAGUUCACUUCCUGUUCUGUAACGCAAAAUAAACAGCGAGUGACCCAUAAAAUACCCCAAAAUCAACAGUAAGUAACUGAAAAUCAACAGGUAAAUGACCUUAAAUGGCCCAAAAUUACUCAUUGCCUGGCAUUGGCUGCCACUGACGACUAUAGACGUUCAAUCCUUUUGAAGUAACAAAACUCAACCAAACUAACCCAACUCAAACAAAAGACUGGGUAUGAAAUUUACUGUGGGGCACAGACAUACACUGAGAACAGACGCUUGGAAAGACACUAUGUUGACAAUGACCAUAAGCGGAGUUUAAGGGGGGGGCAGGCCCCUCCUGGUGGCUGAAAAGUGUCAUUACAUGUA